AUGGAAGUCUGGUGCCUCCUCGUUGAUCACAAAAACAGGCCUACUGGCCAGUCAUUCAAGGUCGAAGUAUCUUCCGACGCUGAUGUCGAUGACUUGGCGAAGAUGGUCAAGGCCAAGGCACCUCGUGUCCUUGGUGACAUUGAUGCAUAUGAGCUUGAAGUGUGGAGAUUUACAAACUCACCAGCUAAUUUCGUCGAUAAUGGUCAUGAAGUGCUUGAGGAGCUAGUCAGCAAGGCAUUCUCUAAUAUGGGGGUUAAAGAACUCCUUCCGAGGCAGGAAAUAGCAGGCUUGAACAUCUCAGCUGGAGAGGCACUGCUUGUCAAGUUGCCCGGUGCAUCAACACUCAUCCCGAUAACUGUGCAACUUCUCUCGCUCAACUGUGUCGUUCUCCGAGUUGAUGGGGAGCCGAAUCCAUUCUUCACGGUCAAGAUUCUGAAGACCAAAAACGUCUGCCGACGUGUAGAUGAGGACUCCCACGGAAGUCUCAAAGACAUCGAUCUCACACCAUUGAAGUCGCUCCUACCGCUCUCGCAAGUGUUCCCUCAUGUGGAAGGGGAUCACCUGCACAUCGUUGUUCAAGCACCAGCUAAUGGCAAGUCUAUUUCGGUCUUUCUCCACGUCACAGACAAUCUCACCGUUGUUCAGAGAGCCUGGCAUUCAACAGGGUUUCAAAAUGUCUUCUCGCACAUCUUGACUGCAUUGGCUCCCGCUGAUUCAGCAAAGUCGUCAAAUUACACGAAGUCCCAGAUCAUGUACUCCAUCUAUGACGGCCGCUACAAGGCAGACAAGCCCAGGACGAGCGUUGCACCUCUGGUUCAAUUAUUUCACCCUGCUUUUGGACAUUUCUUGGACGAUAUGGAGAAGAGAGAUGCUCCUCUCGACGACAUUAUUAUUCCUGAAACAGUAGAAUACAUGAAAGCCGCAACGGCGAUUUAUAAAAAUGAAAAGAAAUGCCGAGAAGUGUUGGGACCACUUCUUUGCAACAUCGUUCAAGUCAACAUGCAAACGAUUCAGAAUUACGACAAAACGACUCCUGACGGCAUCGUGGAAUUGGAGACACAUGGGUCACCCUUCAUAAUUCUCCUUCAGGAAGAUAAAAAUGAAUUCAGAGAUGGUGGUUCAAACCCAUCGACCCAAGCAGGCUUGUCUAUUGUUCAUUUGUUUUUCCUUAGACUGUGGGUCACGAUCCUCGGUGCUGUCAUCACCGACGCCUUCAAUGCUCUACGGGCGAGUCUGAAGAAACUUGGGCCAUAUCAUGAGGGUCCAGACAUGGGCAAUCUUCCCGAUGAUUUGCACUACUUUCCUUCAAUUGCUGCUUACCCUGUUGGCAGUGGACGCGCUAACUUCAAAUAUGUUGGCUUCUUGGAAAACGGCCCCAACUGCAUCACUCUUUGCACACGGAUUGAGGCAAUGCCACCUCAGGAUAUUGUUGUCAAAUUUGCUGACCGCUAUGGGGAGAGUGCACACCAAACACUUGCAGAUCAUAAUUAUGCACCGAAACUUCUCUAUUGCGGAUCACCACAUCUCCAUGAGCAUGAACCAUCCUAUCAAUCUAUCAUCAUGAUUGUCAUGGAAUAUGUCGAUGGCAAAGCAAAAAAAUAUGUCUGA